GUUUAAACUAAUGAGAAUAACUCACAUUUGAGUGAGUCAGGUUAGUAUCGUAAUUAAACAACAUAUUGAUUAAUAGAUGGCAGCGGAACUCGCUGCGCCAGUCCCGCAGAGGUCCACCCAUAAGUUCCGCAACAAUUCACUCAUUUGUACUUGAAUAACUUGUCAUAAUAUAUAUAAUUCCCCACCCAGUUAGGUUGUUGAGUGCAGCGCCUGCACUGCGAGCGUUCGAUUGUUUCAAUACAAAUCACACCGGACUGAUCGGAGUAAUCGGGCAGACGUCGUUCAGAGGGCACUCCUAGAAGUCCUAGCCCAAAGGUCGCGUAUGAAGUUAUUGCUGAGACAUUCUCAUACAAGAUUUUAAUUUAAAAAAAUAUCAUAAAGAGCAGGUAAAUAAUGACAGCGGCUUCUAUCAGUAAAAUUCACAUUAAUAUCAGUAUAUCAGUAGACCAGUGGCCAAAUCAGUAGAUCUAAUGAUAAAUCAGUAGACUUGGCAACACUGUUUUCUUCCAUUAUUUUUUGUAUGAUAUCUCAUUCCCUCCAUGUCCUGUUUCUGUUGUCAAUAUCUCUAGCAUAGAUGUGGUGUGACUUUUUUCACGUUUUUCUACUGUGAUAUUUUGUUUCCCUAAGAAUGAGUUGUUAUUGUUUCUAUGACACCUUGCUCUCCUUGUUCUUCUUUCUUCUCCUGGCUUCUUCAUCAAUUUUUCUGUUCAUCUGAAACCUUUCUUCAGCUUUUCGUUUCAUUUCUCCCAAUUCAUGUGUGAAUAUGUUUUGAUUUUAUUUCAUGUCUCUCAUAGAUAAUGAAUAUUCCACUGAAUCCUUUUACAUUGAACCAUGAAGCAGCUAUUUCAAAUUUUGAAGGCAGUAAAUCGGACCACCACACAAGACUAAUCCGCAAAAUUGACGAUCAAUAUUUCGCGCUACAUUUAAUGAAUCAAUCAAGCCUCUACUUUAAAGAAACGUUCCUCGCAUGUUUUGACACUGGCGCGCCAUACCAGCACCCAGAGCAGCGGAGCAGCAAAAGCAGGUACCCAAAGUUAGACGAAGAAGCGGUACUCUUUUGUCCUUGUUAGGGCUCAAGCCGGGCGCAAUUUACGACGGGUACCCUCGUUAACUUUUCAAAGUGGUCAAAGACUAAAGGCAAGGCACGUUUGUCACGGCUCGUUUUCGAGAAACCCAUAGGAACAGGUGUGUAUAUGGGGAUUUCGAAUUUCACUUUUUACAAGCCUGUGAACUAUCAUUGGUAAAUUUACUUAUUUCUCAUUAUCAGCUCAAUAGUUUAAUAAUUGUCUACUCCAAUAAAGGAAAAUUUUUGAGCUUUAUAUAUUUUAAGGUGUCUAUUGAACAAUUAUUUGAAAAAAAAAAAGGUAACAAAAGCCUUAGAUUACAUAGUGCAGCUGCUUUAAGCCGAAUUGUGAGGGUGUCGGCAUGUAUUCUUUGCCUCAAACAAGCAUAAAGACUUAAAUUACCGAAUUGCUGCACCAAUUUCUGGCAAACAAUAAUACCUGCUCCCUUGUUGGAUUAAAAAAUUGUACACAUUUCGUGUCGGCGAAAAAUUCUAUAUUUCCUGUGCGUGUGUGCUUAAUAAAAGAUUUGUCGAAAAAUUUUCAAAGCUCACCGCCUAUGAUUAGAUUUCAUAUUAAAGCUUCCGAAACCGAAGCGCUUGCUUUUGUUGGGAGUUCAAAAUUACGAAAUGUUUUAAUCCAGCAUUAAAAUAUCCGGUACUUAGACAUACAUUCCAGUACUAUUUAUACAGGAAUUAGA